GAAAGUUUUUAGAUAAAGAUGGACCCGCCAGUUCGCUAUGAUCCUGGUCCUCCGGGAUAUCCCUUGAUAAGAGUCAGACUAGGCUAUGAUCAAGAUAUAUUCGCACCAAAUGAGGAAUAUAAUGCAAUAAUUUCGAACAAUCAUCCAAUGCUGCCGCCCUACUUUUAUGCAGCACUUGGGAUUGGAAUUUGCUUAUCAGUUGCUUGGGGAGUCGUUGAAGGCAUAUUGGCCUUAGCUGGGGCGAAGGAGCUGCGGAAGGUCCGGGAAACUUUAAUUGAGAGAAAGAUAAAGAAAGUUCCAAAUGAAAUAAAGUCUCUCGACGCCGAUUACAGGCUGAUGGACAAGAAAAAGUUUCUCUCAGCUGCUUGCUUCUACACGAAGCCUCCCAGAGUCGAUGCAGCUUGUCAAGGUGGUUCGAGUGAGGCAGAAUUGGACGCAACAGAAGAGCAAUAUCUUGAACUGAUCCGACGCUUACAAGCUAACUCGCUAGAUCACUUUACACGAAAAAUCACUGGAACCUUAAUUGUAGCUUGUAUUAUAAGCAACAAACAGCUCUUAAAAGGAAUCAUCAUUGCAGUUCUUAGUGAUGUGAGUAGAAGCAUGGGUAAGAAACGACUCUUGGACCUCUACAACGAGCACGAAGUUGUUUUUAAUUUAACCUCAACUUGGUUCUUGAAUUCUUUCUACGAUGAAAUGAUAACUAACGGAAGCGAUGUCUUGCCGAGUGUGUGGAUGACGUUGGUGAAGCUCCACGAGACAAGUAAAAUGGGAUACUUGGGAACCCUUGAUCCCACCUUCCUUCCAUCUGAGUAUUGUCUCUUUAGAGAGGAAGUGAUUUACUACCCACUGGCAGUGAAAGUGUACGAGGACUCCAGUUGCAGCACAGUGGCCAAUUUCACUUUUCUCUCCUCUGACAGUUACUCUGAGGCUGAGCGGAAAGCGGCCAUGUUAGUCUAUAGAUCAAUGAAGGCAUCUGAAAUGCCGAAACACCUCCAGUUGUAUAUGGAGUGCACCGAAGAUGAAACAAAAUAUUUCACAUGGAAAAUCUGCUCAUUCCGAAGCAAGCGGUGUUCUAUGUGAAGCCAGAAGAGGAAGCUCCGAGUAGAGUCGCCAAGGAUCCGGAAGCAUACGACAGAUUCCUCAUGUGCGAACCAGUCAGGAAGUCAGAUAAGAAGACGGACCGAAAGGUCCACUUGGUUUCCAGCCCUUCAGCUGUUGAGAUAUGCCAGGAGAAGAUGUUGCCGUAUGUUGUGUACUUGUUCGCCAAAAUCCUAAAGUAUAGCGAGAUUUCUGAAAUAGUUCGAACUCUAAUGGUGCUAUGUGACUCAGCUGGAGACAAAACACAGAAACUUAAGAAGGCAGUUUUUGGACACUGUUGGAUGGUGCUUAUUUCAAACUUGCACCAUCUGAUUGACUUCUCGCCCUCGGACGGAGCAAAAAGAGACUUGGUGUUCAUCGGAAGGUGUUUUGCGGAGUGUCUGUGGGAUGGACGUCGCGACUACCUAACCAAAUAUGACCAACUGCUGUCGUGUUCCCAGAACCUCCCUAGUCUGCAAAGAGUUCGAAAAUCACUCGGAUCCCCUGACAGCUUGUCCGUGAAGGAAACGGGGAGUAACAUGUCGUCUGUCGGAGAAUCAGUUUUUGACGCCAAGGAAGCGUUCAAAGUGUUGAACAAUUGUUUCAGAAUGCAUGAACGCAAUUUGAAUCAAGCUGCCGAGCUGAGGGGUAUGCGCCGGAAGGGAGAAAAGCAAUUUGGCGAUUAAGUGAAAAAAUUUGGAACAAAAACAUUCAGAUAAUAUGGAAGAUGUUUUAAUCUAGUGGCAUCGGACUUGAAAUUUUCUGAAUGAGGCUUCUUGUUCAUAUAUGAAGUGAACAUCUCUUUAGCUAUGAAGAACUGGCGAACAAAAAAUGAGAACAUCAAUGAGGAACUAUUGUUGUGUUUUUGUUUGUUGAUGUUACUUUUGAUGUUCUUUUUUGAUAUAUAAUGACCUCUUGUGAAAUACUCGGUUUAAACAAUUUAAGCACUU